UAUGAGUGAUCUAAUAAAGUUAAAAUCUACAGUUUUUCUUCUGAUUUGGAAACAUUUCAUUCAAUGUAUUUCUGACAUUACUGAAGAAAAUUACAAAAAAAAGGUUUUAUUUCACUAAACAAAUUUGUUGAAGCCUGCAAAACGAUUCGCUUUUUGCUUUAAAAAAACCUGAAAUUCAAUUUGGUUUAGAUCUUCUUUGAAAAAUCCAUAUUUUACAGAAGAGGAAAAUUAAAAAAUUAAAAAAUUCCAUAACUUUUUGUUGCAGAAGACAAAAUAGCUUUUUGUCUAGAGGAAAAUUGAUAGUGUGUGUAUGGUCUUGGUCAUCCGACACAAGCGUGUACGCGAGCCAGUCAGUCAGUGAGCGAGUGUGAGCUGGAGAGCGAACCAAGUGGGACAUUACGUAGUUUCCCCGACUAGGGCGGUCAAGUAGAUCAACGGCGUCGCUACGGAAGACUUGACCAGUCUGCACAUUUGGUGACCGUGACAGGUAAUUUUUCGUGAAAUUAAUUAUACGAGAAAUUAUCACAAAAAAUCGAAUCAAGAAAAGUAAACAAAAGCGUUCACGUUGAAAAAAUUUUGAUCACAAAUGCUUAAAAAUCAGACACUUUCCUAAUUAUACAUAGCGAAAAAAUACUGCGAAAAAAAUGGGUAGUUCGUAGUUGAAGCAAAUAAGUCGGAUGAUUUUCAGAAGCUAUUUUGUGCAAAGUGGAAAAUAAGAAAACAUAGUGCCAUCUGUGAUAGAGAACUAGUGUUUUUGCAAAUGAGCAGAAAGUGUUUUAUGAAAUAGUGCCGAAAUAAAAAUUAUGAUGAAAUAUUAAGCGAGUCUUAAGGACAGCAUAGUUAUGUUCACAGUUUCAAGCGGGUUGGGAGGACAGCUUGAAAUUGGAAGGCGAGUCGAGAGGACAGCCUGAACUUAUUGAUAAAAAAAAAUCAAGCGAGUUGAGAGGACAGCUUGAAAUUUGAAGGCGAGUUGAGAGGACAGCCUAAACGCAUUGCAUAGAUGAAGAACAAGUGUGUUGAGAGGACAGCUUGAAAUACAUUUAAAAAUAACACCAUUAAGCGAGUUGAGAGAACAGCUUGGAGUUUCAAUUAAAGUGAAUUGAAAGCACAGCUUGAAAACUUAUAGGCGAGUUGAGAAGGCAGCCGGAACGUGUUGAAAUAACAGCUUGAGAUAAAAAAAGUUUAUGAAGCGUGUCGAGAGAACCGUUUGAACAUAUUGUUCAAAUUUCAAGUAAAUUUAAAUUGCUACUUGAAAUCUUAAAGCGUAUUGUGAGGAUAGUUUCGGAAUCUACACAAACUCAUAAUGAAUCAGAUGAAAAUUAAGCUUUAGAUAGGAAUAAACAAUUAUGGAAGUCGAGGAACAGCUGGAACAACAUUACUUAAAUUUGUCCAGUUUGUUGGGAACACAACUAAUUGAUACAAAUGAUACGAAUUCCAAGCGAGUCCAAGAAGACAACUUUAAACUACAACUUGGUGUUGAGAGAUCAGCUUUGGUAUCUCAUAGAAAUUAUAACCAAACCAGGUGAGGAGACAGCUUGAGUAAAUGUAAAUAAUGAUGCAAGUCGAGAAUUACUCGGAUACAAUGUUUUGAAUUCCAGUUGAAUUGAAAGGACAACUCAACUCAAUCGAAUCAGCUAUGAAAAGACGAGGGUGCCACACAGCAAUUGUUGACUGGACUAGUGCCAUGCUAAUAAAUAGAACCAUUUAUGCAAGCUUGGGAGGACUUACAAUCAGUGCCACUCCAACGAAGGGAUGUCCCCAAGGUGGGGUUCUAUCUCCGUUGUUGUGGUCACUGAUCGUGGAUGACCUCCUAAACAAACUUGUAUCUAUGGGAUUCGAAGUUAUUGGCUUUGCAGAUGACGUAGUUAUAAUAGUUCGGGGAAAAUAUGAGAACGUGUUGUCAAAAAGAAUGCAAUCUGCGCUAAACUUCGCACUAUUCUGGUGCAGGGAAGAGGGAUUGAAUAUAAACCCUUCCAAAACUACUGUGAUAGCAUUCACUACGAGACGAAAAACUGCACUAAAACCUCUAACAUUAGAUGGGGAAGUGCUAAACUUCGAAUCACAAGUGAAAUAUCUACACCCAAAAUAAUCCGCACGUCGGGGCUACGUGAAAAACUACAUAAUUUUUAUCCAAUUGAUUUUCACGUAGAUGCUACGAAACCGACAUGUGAACGCGUCCCUAUAAGAAUUUGUGCUUCAUGGGACGCACCUACAUUUUACGUGAAUUUUUUGUCAGUUCAACGCGGUUUGUUUAUGAAUGCCACGAAGAAUGUUUUUAAUAUCUGAAUGAAAAUAAGGGUGUUUUUUUCUUCCUGUUUUUGUUUUUUUUUCAUAAUGAUGUAAAAAACAAGUUUUGUUGUGAAUAAACUUUAUUUUCAUUAUCUUUGCACAUUUUAACACUACACUUUUAACAAACACUUAUUUUUGGACAUCUUUCAACGAGCUUUCUUUUUUAAAUCCUGUAAAAAUUGAAAUGUAUACAUUGAUGAAACAAAAGUAUUAUGUGAAUAAAAAAUAUUUUACCUUGUCUGUUGUUCCGUGGAUGGUGUUCUGUGAAAGAUGUUCCGUUGAACACCUUACUCGGACAGUCCCACCAAAGAACGAGAGGUCAUCAGUUCCAACGGAAUAGAACUUGUAUCCAAAGCCAUAUUGCUAUGAGAAAAAUGAAAAACAAAAAUUAGCUGAUUACAAUUAAGAAUUAUUAUCACUUACCAAAACGACAAAUCCAAAAUAGAUGAAUAUCCGAUCAUGAUGACAACAGACACAACGGCUUAAAAAAAUUCACACCAUGGAACAAAGUAAGCUGACGAACCACAAUUCCAUAUUCUAAUUUGAAUUUAACACCACACGCUGGAGAAAAAUGCACAAAACGGAUUUGAAAUCAUCCACUUAAACUUUACGUGGAAUUCAUGAGUCAGUUAUGUGGAAGUAAAGUAGUUGCUACCGGGACGUUCUUGCUACAAUGAGGUUACUACGAAAUUCACGUAAAAUCGAUAUGAUGCAUCAAAAUCUUAGUUUACGUGAAAAAUACAGUAGAAAUAAUUUCUAAAUUAUUUUGGGUGUAGGAAUCAUACUAGACUCAAAACUAUCAUGGAACCCACAAUUAAAGCAUGUUAUAGCCAAGGCUACAGCAUCUCUGUGGUCUGCCUCAAAGGAGUAGGGAAAAAAUGGGGACUACGGCCGAAAAUUAUCCAUUGGAUAUUUACAGCUAUAAUAAGACCCAAAAUCUCUUAUGCUUCUUUAGUAUGGUGGACCAAAACUGUGCAAGCUACGGCCCGGAAGAAACUAGCGAAGCUUCAAAGAAUAGCAACCCUAGCUAUAACUGGCGCCAUGCGAAGCACAUCAAACGAGGCCCUUAAUGCACUACUAAAUAUUCUGCCACUACAUCAAUUUAUUGAACUAGAGGCAGAACGCAGUGCCCUGAGACUCUCCAAACAUAAAACUCUCUAUGAGGGGGAUCUUACAGGACACCUAAAAAUUCUGAAGAUAUUUAAAAUAAACUCACUUAUUGUAAAGAAUGAUGACUGGAUGGAGCCCGUUUUCAACCUAGACAUACCAUACAAUGUAACUAUCAACGAUAGGGACGUGUGGGAGUCAGGUGGGCCUGCGGUUCCUUCCGGAUCGAUAAAAUUCUUUACUGAUGGUUCAAAAAUGGAUAAAAGAACUGGGGCAGGGGUGUUCGGACCUAGACUCAGGAUCUCAAUUCCUAUGGGAAACUGGCCAACAGUAUUCCAAGCAGAAGUUCAAGCAAUUCUAGAAUGCACUUUAGCCUGUUUGAAAAGAGGGUACAGGUACACAAGUAUCUAUAUAUUCUCUGACAGUCAGGCCGCUCUCCGAGCACUAAGUACAUUUACAUGUUACUCCAAGCUAGUAUGGGAGUGUAUUGUUGCACUAAGAAACCUGGCCAUACGAAACAGAGUAUUUUUAUUCUGGGUUCCAGGCCACUGCGGUAUCCUAGGGAACGAAGAAGCAGACCAGCUAGCUAGGGAAGGGUCUCAGGGCCUGUUUAUUGGACCUGAACCUUUCUGCGGAGUAUCGAGGAGUGCCUUGAAUAUGGAACUCAAGAACUGGGAAAGCACCACUAUUGUCUCCAACUGGAGAACAGCAGAGGGAGCAGCUCAGGCGAAAAGAUUCAUUGAACCAAGCGCACGACUCUCCAAAAACAUGUUGAAACUAAGUAAGCACGAGUUAAGUACUUACACAGGUCUCUUGACCGGACAUUGUCCAUCAAAACAACAUCUUAAACGGAUAACAUUAUUCAAUACGAUGACUGUCGGUUCUGCGGGUUCGAAAAAGAAACUGCAGAGCAUCUUCUAUGCAACUGCUGCGCCCUCCUAAAUAGGAGAGAGCGUGUACUUGGGGCAAAGUUAAUAAGCGCACAAGACAUAUGGUUGCAUAUCAGCCCUAAGAAGGUUAUAUCAUACAUCUUUGAUAUCAUACCCGAUUGGGAUAAAAUGCUUAAUCAGCAAUCAACUGUCACUUCAACCCAUAGUGCAGGUGAGCCUGAUAGCAUACAGUAACGCGGGGUAAUUACCACAAUAGAUCAAUUACUGGUCGCAGUGGGCUCUCCCCUACAAGGAAAAAAAAAAAAAAAGACAACUUGAAAAUAAAAAAGAGAGGAUUGCAGGAGUACUGUGACGAAUUUAAGUCAUGCAAAUUGUUUAAAUAGCUUGGAAGCUUCAUAGAACAACUUGAAAUUGAAAAGCAAGUUGAGAAUGUUAUUUAAGAUGAUCAAUACGAUAUUUCUUGAUAGCGAGUCAAUAAAGGUAAGUUAUUGUUCAUGCGAAGAGAGUGAGAAUUCGGAACAUAAAAAUGAAUUAUACAUUUCAUAAAAUGGUUGAAUCUAAAAUAAUAUAAGCAAAAUUUGUCAAAAUAGCAAUUAAAGCUCGCAGAUAUUCGUUGAUAAUUUUUCCCUCUUGUAUUUUCUUGAACAUUCGGUUAAAAAAAUCCAAUUAUAAAAAAAAUUGUGGAUUUCCAAUUCAUUUCAUUUUAACCCAGCGUAAAUGUGUAAUCAUUACAUUUUAUUACAGUUUUAUAGAUAAAGUCUACCAAGUUUUAACUUCAUAAAUCGUCAACAAAAACAAUAAAAAAAUGUAAACAAUUGUUUGGAGGCAAGGCUUAAGAACUUUGUGGCCCAAUUAGCCUCUAAAUUGUGUGUGUGUUUUUUUUUAUUUUACUUGCUCAUCUUUCUUGUGCUUGAAAGUACUGCAUGAGCCUGUUGUUGUAUAUCAAACAACUUUUUUUUGUAAUCAUUCUUUUACAUUUUGAUAGGACAGGAGGGGGAUGUGUGUAUGGUCUUGAUCAUCCGACACAAGCGUGUACGCGAGCCAGUCAGUCAGUGAGCGAGUGUGAGCGGGAGAGCGAACCAAGUGGGACAUUGCGUAGUUUCCCCGGCUAGGGCAGUCAAGUGGGCCGACGGCGUCGCUACGGAAGACUUGGCCAGUCUGCACAGAUAGUUGAUUUGAAAUCUUUGUUUAGAAAAGUUUUGAAAUGUUUAAAAGUUUUUUCCAUAACAUAUGUAGAACUCCGUUAAAAGAGUUUAAAUAACUUUCAAAAAGUAUUUUAUAAACUAAAGCUGAUAAAAAAUGCAAAUUUGAAUUCAGGGCACCCAAAUAAAUCAAAAUGAUCUCCUAAAUUCUUGCACCUCGAAAAAUGUUAAUAUUUAAUGUGGAGUAGAGCGUGCAUACCAAAUAAGUCAUAGAUUAUUUUUUUGCUAAAUAUGUUGACUAUCAUAAGAAGGGAACACCUGUCACAUUUCUUCCAACUUGUUGAUAUGUAAAAUCAGUAUUCGGUGAAUAGAUUUUGAGGUUAACGGCUGUUUUUAAAUUCUGAACUUGUUCAGUUAUACUUCUAAAUAAAACCCCAUUCUUUUGACGAGGUAUUCAUGUAUCAACAUUCGAAUUUAAAUGCAAUAGGUUUAUUGAUUGCAAAUCAAAAUUUACAUUAAAAAAUUGGUUUCAAUUCGUGAAUGUAUUAUAAAUAUGAAAUUAAUUGACCCUAGAACGGUUUUGGAGGAGAUUUUGGAGAAUUUUUUUUCAUGUUUAUUAACACUCAUUUAUCACCCUUACCGAUCAAGCAAUUUCUCAUUACUACUGUAAAUUAAUUUCUUGAACUGAAAAUUUCACUUGAAAAAAAUCUCCAUGGGGGAGGGGGAGCGAUAAACCCCUAACCUCUCCCCCCCUCCCCCUUUCGCACGGCCUGGUGUGGCAAACGUUUCAAAGUGAUAAAAAAAGAUCUUCAAGUCACAUUUUGUUAGAUUUUUCAAACAAAGUGCAAUAAGUUAAAAAAAAUUAAUAAAAAAAAAUUGAGAUAACAGGUUGGUUGUUUUGUUUAUUUUGGCAUAAUUUUCUUGAACAUUUGAUCUUUGUAAGACAUUCCAGUUUCGAGAUAUAGCUGAAGAAUCAAGUAUCCCCAGGGAUCAAGUAUCCUCAUUCUCCCCUACUGGAAGUCAAGUUCUUUAGACCCUGUGCUUAUGCAAUAUUUAAAAAAAACCUACGAAAGUUGUUUGAAUUUUUCAGAUCUAGAUGGUUAAAAAUAAUAAUAUUUAAUCAGCCCAUUCAAUGUGCUGAUGUGCAUUCAAUCAAGUCCAAAAUGGAUGGUCAUUAGACUGAGUCGAUUUGGGGUCAUUUUCGAAUUUUUCAAACCCUGGGGUCUUAAAAGCUUCGUCGUGGUCCAAAACUCAUCCAUGAUUUUUUGCAGAAUUUUUAAGUAACGUUUACAUGAGUAAAUUUGAACUUUUAGGUUUGUAUGGGAAAAUUGAAUAUUUUGUACUGAAAAAUCAGCAUCGUUUUUGUUUUGUCGGUGGAACCGAGCCAGCUGAUGGUUUUUGUGCCAAUUUAUAAAAUUCCUAAGGGAAAUUUUCCGCUGAACAACUUUGUCGAAGACUUAAACUUUGUAUCUCAUAAGGCAAAAAAGUUAUUAGCAGUUUAAUAGGGGUAUGUCUUUUCGCAUUGAUAAACAUGAAAUACAAUUGACAUCACUGCAGGGUGCCUAUCGAGGUAUUGCAUGACUAUUUUUCACGCUAUACUUCGCGAGGCUCCAGCAGUGAUGUCAAUUGAAUUUAUGGUUUAUCAAUGCGAAAAGACAUACCCCUAUUAAACUACUAAUAACUUUUUUGCCUUAUGAGAUACAAAGUUUAAGUCUUCGACAAAGUUGUUCAGCGGAAAAUUUCCCUUAGGAAUUUUAUAAAUUGGCACAAAAACCAUCAACUGGCUCGGUUCCACCGACAAAACAAAAACGAUGUUGAUUUUUCAGUACAAAAUAUUCAAUUUUCCCAUACAAACCUAAAAGUUCAAAUUUACUCAUGUAAACGUUACUUAAAAAUUCUGCAAAAAAUCAUGGAUGAGUUUUGGACCAAGACGAAGCUUUUAAGACCCCAGGGUUUGAAAAAUUCGAAAAUGACCCCAAAUCGACUCAGUCUAAUGGUCAUAUUGAUACUUUCAAGUUCCCAAAUCAAGCUGGAGAGAACGCUUUUCAGCCCUGCGAAUACUUGAGAAAACGUUGAACCAUCCAUUGUUUUCAUUUUCCUCAAUUUCAUGAUUUUUACCCUAUUUUUUAAAAUUAAGUACAGUGCACUAAAAGAUCUCUUCUGUAACCUUCAUGUUCGUUAUUAAGUACAUAAGUAUAAUUUACUCAAGGGAAUUGGUUUGUUGUUUUCCUUUGGUCAGUUUAUAUGUAACUUUCAAAGCCUUUACAUGAGCAAAUACCGUAACUCAUGGUUGCUUGGGAUUUGUAAUUGAAGCUUGUUAAAAGUUGUAAUUUUGACUUCAAUGUUCCCUCAGUAACCCACUGUUAGUAGAAAGCUAACACACUGAACCAAAUCUGGCAAUAAAAUUUAUAGGGUCAAUCUAAUAAAUCUUAAAGUUCAGUGUGUAAUAGAAGCUACUGAUAAAUCCAGUACAAAAUAUUGGAAAUUCCAUUGAAUCUUAGCAGCUUGUUACAAUCACUACCAAUUACAAGAAUUUUUCGAUACAUUUUAGCAGUUUGAAGUUAAUAUAUUUUUUACAGAAUAGCUAUUCCUCCAUUCAGUGUGCUUAAAAUUCGUUAUUUUUCAGUUUGAGUACAAUGAGUUGGUAAGUUUAUAUGUUUUAAACCUCAUAGAAAUGGUUAUAAUUGUUUGAAAUUGAUUUUUUUAGGAAUAGAUACGGUUGCUACGAGCUUCAUCAAUAAUCCCUCCAUGCAGAGGAAGCGAAAAAGGCAUUCGAUCUUAGACCAGUUGUUAAACAAAUUGUUCCUCCGCUGGGAGGAAAGGGAAAUCACCUUAAUUAGGGAAUUGGAUUGUUCUUCCCGGAUGAGAUGGAUGGAACUGCAAUUUAUUAAGGACAUUCAAUAUCGUAUGUUUUGGUCGGAUGUGCUUUCGAUUCUCUUACGUUACUGGAUUGAGUCUCCUAGGGCCCGCCGGAGAAUGCUUUCUAUACCCGGAAAAAGUGCAUGCCAUCAUCCAACUAACAGAACAUGACCGAUUCUAAACAGGAUUGAGGCGGAAACCAGGUCUGUUCUGAUUUUAAAUUGAAAGGUAAAUUAGAAUUUGAUGGUUAAUGUUAAGAUAAACAGGUCUAUAAACUGCUUUUGUUUUUUCAGAUUGAAAAAAAUUUCCGUUAGGAUCAUCGACGAACUAACAGCUGACUCCAGAAUUAUGCACUCGGGAAUGUGGCAGUGAAAAAGCUGGAGCAGGCGGAAUCAAACAAACAAGACAAACUACGUCUCAAGUGUCUAUUUUUUACCCGUUUACCAAGGAUGCCACUUACUGAAACAAAAUUUGAUUGCAUUUAUAAAUACAUCAAAUUUUAAUUCAAUUUUGAAGCUUAAGUUGCUUUACUGAUCAUAUCACACACGCCAGCAAUUGUAUAUCAAUACAACUUAAAAAAUAAAAUCACAAUAAUGCCGAAAAAUAAACAAAAUACGAGCAUAUUUUAUUACACUAAUAAAACCAUUCAUUUCACUACC